AUGCCGCACCACCAUCUCUCGCUCUUCUUCGUUGUGCUCGCCCUCGCGGCCUUCGUGCCGUUUGGCGUAAGGGGGGCGGCCGGCGCGACGGCGUCGGGUGGCUGCACUGCAUCUGCCGGUGCCGCCUCCCCAUAUCCCGCCAACAACUCCACCCAGGGCCAGCUCGUGGCACCGGACGACCGCAACCGCACCUUCACUGUCUACGUGCCGCCCGGCUAUCGGUCCGACCAGCCCUCGGCCGUCGUGCUCCUCUUCCACGGCGGCUUCGGCACCGGCCAGCAGGCCCAAAAGGCCUACAAGAUGGACGAGACGGCGGAGGCCAACAACUUCAUCGUGGUCUACCCCGACGCAUGGCGCGUAUCGACCCUGACGUCGUGGAACGGCGGGGCGUGCUGCAACCCGUCGGCCAACCUCGGCGUGGACGACGUCGGGUUCGUGUCGGCUCUGCUGGACCACCUCGAGGCGAGCCUCUGCAUCGACACCUCGGCCGUGUUCGCCGCCGGCAUGUCCAACGGCGCCAUCAUGUCCUAUCGCCUGGCCUGCGAGCUCUCCCACCGACUGGCGGCCAUCGCGCCCGUGGAGGGCGUGCUCGAGUUCAGCCCUUGCACGCCGUCGCGGCCCGUGCCGGUGCUGGCGGUCCACGGCCUGGCCGACCUCAACAUUCCCUUCGAGGGGGGCUUCGGCUGCGGGGCGACCAACGUCAACUUCACCUCGGUGCCGGCCAGCAUCGACGUCAUGGCGGCGGCCAACGGGUGCUCGUGCCGCUGGCAGGCCAACGGGUCGUGCGCGACGACCUAUCUCGUGGAGGGCCACGGGUCGUGCCUGUCGUACGGACCGUGCGAAGGGGCCAAGGUCGACGUCGUGCUGUGCUCAGUCGAGGGCAACGGUCACGCGUGGCCCGGCGCGUCGGACGGAGUGGCAAGCGAGGGCUGCAACAACACGGCCGUCGCGGACUUUCACACCAACACGCACAUCUGGGCCUUCUUCAACGCCACGAGGACCACCGCCAGCGGUGGCGGCGAGGUGUCGUCGGCCAGCACGCCGCUGUUGCACGCCAUGUGGCAGUCGGUAAUCGCCUGGCUCUUUUGA